CUAAUACCAGGCAUGCUAUAGCAGCUUGAGAGGCAAAGGGAAAUAAGCAGCUAAUGGAUUCAGUUACACUUGGUGGGCUUGAUCUGCGUGUUCUAUUGGCAGUCGCACUUAUCCUGGUUUUGAACUUGUUUGAUUCUUCAAAAAACGCCCCGAUCCAUAAUCAAACUUAUUAGCAACCCCUAUGUGGCCCGUUCCAGGCACCCUGGCCGUACACAAGGUUGUGGGAUCAACCCACAAGCCAUGACAGAUCUGGCUGUGGCCUGGGGGUCAAGCUGGCUGGGUCCCAGCUACUUGGACCCUAGAGGAAAUUGCCGGAGAGGUCACUCCCUCCCAAUGGCCUCGUCUGCAGUCACAUAUAGGUCAGUAGGGUGCUCGAGCCGCAGACUAGUUAGCCGGAUAUAGGUAUGAUCGCUCCUGUGGAAUCUUCCACGAACAAGGUCAAUGCUGAAGCUGGACAUGAGUAUGAAGUGUUUUUGAGCUUCAGGGGACCAGACAGUCUCGAAGAGUUCACUGACAACCUAUAUCAUCGUCUGAAAGAUGCAGGAGUCCAAACCUUCAGGGAUGAUGAAGAGCUCCGUGUCGGAGAAGAGAUCGGGCCUGAGCUCAUGAGGGCAAUCAAGCAGUCAAAAAUCUCCAUACCUCUCUUCUCAAAGGGCUAUGCUUCCAGUAAGUGGUGUCUCAAGGAGGUGGCGGAGAUGGUGAAGCACAAGGAUGAGACGAAGCACAUGAUCCUGCCCAUUUUCUUAGACGUUACGCCAGAUGAAGUUCAGCACCAAACUGGGAGUUAUGCUGAAGCCUUUGCCCAGCACGAGGAAAACUACGACUUCGAGACUGUUCAGGUGUGGAGGGAUGCUCUCCAAAAGGUUGUGAAACUGAAAGGGUUGGAACUCAAGAAAGAGGCAAAUGGGAAACAUGGCGAAUUCAUUAAAAAGGUGCUUGCAAGGGUUCUCAUCAGUUUGAGGAAUGCUUAUCUGGAUGUCAAUGACAUCCUGGUUGGAAUCAAUCACCAUGUCGAAGCUAUUAAGACGACAUUGCUGGAGGUUAAUGAAACAGGUGUUCAAAUUGUUGGAAUAUGGGGCAUGGGCGGAAUUGGGAAAACAACUCUUGCAAAAGUUGUCUUCAACCAACUGUUGGAUCAAUUUGAAUCUUCUUGCUUCCUUAAUGACAUUCGAGAAACAUCCUCACAACAUAAAGGUCUUGAGUACUUGCAAAGCAAGCUAGUUGCUGACAUCUUAAAUAGUGAGCGCAAAGACUUUGCAAAUACGGAUGAAGGAACCAAGCAACUCAAGUACAGGCUCCGUCACAAGAAAGCGAUCAUUCUUUUGGAUGAAGUCGAUCGAGUCGACCAACUCAAGGCUCUAGCUGGGGACCUUGCUUGGUUUGGUCCAGGAAGCAGGAUCAUUAUUACAACCCGAGAAAAGAAUGUUCUAGAUCUAUUUCAAGUAAGUGAUAUUUAUGAACUCACACUACUGAGUGCAGAUCAAGCUUUUGAACUCUUCUGCAAGCAUGCAUUUAUAAAAGGCUUGCCGACACUUGACUUUAUUGACUUGUCCUGGGAUAUCGUGAGCACAACUGGAAGGCUACCUCUGGCUCUUGAGGUAAUAGGUGCUUCUUUAUCUACAAGCAGUGGGCGCAAGGAGAUAUGGCAAGGUACACUGAAGCAGUUGAAGAAGAAACCCCAUAUGAAGGUCCGAGAUACGUUGAAGAUAAGUUAUGAUGGCUUGGAUCAUGAGCAGCGGGAGAUAUUUCUCGAUAUUGCAUGUUUCUUCAUUGGAACAGAUGCUAGAGUAGUAAAACCCAUGUGGGAUGAUUGUGAUUUUUUCCCGGAAGUUGGAAUUGAGAUCCUUCUCUUGAAGUCACUGAUAAGAAUCACAGAUGACAGUAAGCUAUGGAUGCACGACCAACUCAGAGACCUUGGCAGGGAAAUUGUGGAACGGGAAAACUAUAAAGAGCCGUGGUUGCGUUGUAGAUUGUGGCACAGUGAAGUGGCGAUGCGUGCAUUAGAGAGACAUCCGCGGGAGGGGAUGACAAAAGUUGAGGCCAUCAGUCUAGAAGGAUAUCAGUUCCGCUCGGAAGACCACUGCAUUGAGGAUGAUCGGUUCCUGCAUCUAACAAAUUUGAGAAUCCUUCAGCUAGAAAAGGCAAGUCUUUGUGGAAAUUUUGAGCUUCUUCUACCGGAUCUGCAGUGGCUAAGCAACUCCAAUCCUACGCCACCAACCAAUUUAGAUCUGAAGAGCCUAAUUGUUUUGGACCUGUCAAGGAGCAUGGUGGCCAGGAAGCUAAAAGUUCUUGAUCUUACAGGUUGCCUGCAACUAAGAAAAACUCCUGAUUUCUCAGCAUCUCCAGCUUUGGAGAGACUGAUUCUUAGAUCAUGUCACAACUUGGUCAGCAUAGAUCCAUCUAUAGAGAAACUCAGUGCUCUCGUCUCUUUAGACAUAAGGAACUGCACGAGCCUCAAGAAUUUGCCUCAGUUGGGUUCUAUGGAAGCACUGACUGAGCUUCUAGUUGAUGGAACCUCUAUACGGGAACUACCUGUAUUGAGAGAUACGGACAAGCUUGAAAAUCUGGAAACCCUCAGCGCCAACAACUGCAAAUUGCUUGCUCAAAUUCCAGACUCAUUAAAAUGUUUAAAGAAACUAAAGCUACUCUCGUUGGACAACUGCCAGUCACUGGGAGCAGUUCCAGACUUCAUUGGGCAGCUGACCUCAUUGGUCGAGCUGAGCUUGUCAGGCACACAAAUCAGGAGAUUGCCCGACUCCAUAGGCAAUUUAACUCUCUUGACUGUGCCCAAGAUUGAUCAUAGUCAUAUGACUUGCUUGCCGAGCACUCUUGCAACUUUGGAGAAUCUACAAGUGCUAAAUGCCAGUGGUUGUGUAGACUUGGAAGGAGACAUUCCAAUUAACAUUGGAAGCAAAUCCUCUAUGAGGAUCUUACAGUUAGCUGAUACAAAGGUUAGUAGCCUUCCGACAAGUAUUAGUUGCCUCCGCCAACUCGAGAUUCUUGAUUUAGGAGGGUGCCAGAGGCUCCAGGCUCUGCCUAAUCUGCCCUCUAGCUUAAUCAGUCUAAGGCUCGGUGGUGAGUUGAUCCACAUUUUUCCGAAUCUGGAGCACCUGAUCAACUUGAAGGAAUUGAUAUUCUCGGGGUGCCGCCAGCUUGUGGAAGUGCCUAUGGGUAUCAGGAACCUAUCCAAGUUGGAGAAGUUGGAAUUAUCCAAUACGGGCAUAACCACCUUGCCUGGCGCCCUCCCUCAUCUCAGAGAGCUCCGCAUUCAGAAGUGUUUGAAACUAAAAUGCCUCCCGAGGCUUCCAUCGAGCCUGUAUGAGCUGGAGAUUUCGUUCUGUUCUUCACUCGCGAGGUUGCCAAAUCUUUCGAACUUGAACAACUUGUCUCUGUUACGUGUGUACAACAGCUGCAAAAUAACCGAGAUUCCAGGCCUGCAGGGUUUAACAUCUCUCAAAAGAUUGGAUACAUCAUUAUGCCCGAUAACUCACCUUGAUGGUCUUGAAAGGCUAGACUUUUUACGUUCUUUACAUAUUCAGUUGAGCCAAAUGGAAAAGCUACCUAACCCGUCAAAGUUGUGGAGAUUGUUUCAGAUGAAUGCUUCCUACCAUAGAAAGCUUGGACCUCGACCGGUUGCAUGACUUAAGAAAUCUCUACUUGGUCAGUUGCAAUUCAAUGGAAAAGUUACCAAAAUUGUCAAAGUUGAAAUUGUUGAAAUUAUUGUAUUUGGACAACUGCAUGAAGCUAAGUCAAGUUGAAGGGCUUGGAGAAUUGCAAUCAAUGGAGGAUCUGGACGUUUUGGAGUGCAGAGCGCUUGAAAAGUUGCCGCAUGUAUCAAAAUUGCAUAACUUACAGAAGCUGGCAAUGAGCGGAUGUGAAAAAAUAACUGAGAUUCCGGGACCUGGGCAUUUGGAAUCUGUAGAAUUCUCAGACAUUUCUGAAUGUAAAGCAGCUGAGAAGUUGCCAAAUCUGUCGACGCCUUGAAGGUUAAGAACUUUGGUAACGUGAGGGUGUAGAAAUCUCAGAGAGAAUCCGGGACUGGAGGAGCUGGAAGAUCUCAAGUCUUAAUAUAUCCCGUUGCAAAGCAAUUGAGAAGUUACCGAACUUAUUGAAACUGCAGAAGCUGACUGUUCUACAGAUGCAAGGAUGCAACAAUCUUACUGGGACUGAAGGAGUAGAGGAGCUAAAAUCACUGAAAUCAUCGACUAUCUCAGGAUGCAACAAACUCAUCAACGUAUGCAUCUGCCAAGUUCCCAAAAGAUUAGAAGAAGCGGCUAGAUAAGGUUUGCUCUCACCCUCAUACUUUCAUUUGAUCUCGUUUUUCAGGAAAACGAUUAUAAGAUUCUGUUCAUUUUGUUGAAAAUGUAAAGUCUGCCGAAAGAGGAUUGCACUCAUGCCGCGAACCGGAAACCUGAUCAAGAAAUUCUCUUCCUAUCUGUGAGUGUGAUACAUUAGUUUGUUAGGACCUCUUAUGGUUCCAUUCUGUGAGGACUUGUAGCUAUAAUAUCUUACCAAAUGGGAAGCUCCACCUACAGAAAACAAUAAAUUCUGCUAAUACAGAAUGUGCUCUGAGUGCCAGGUUUGUGCGGUUCAAAGGAAAGGGAAAGGAGGACUCAUGGAACUGUCAGGAAAGAUUAUUUGGGGAUGUCGUAGGGGGGCACCAUGCAUUGCUUUUGUAAUGUUUAAUAUAUUUGGGCUUCAGCCCCCAAAUUCACGAAGAAAAAAAAAAGGCGAUUACAUCCCAUGCAAUUUCUAUUUCGAUACAAGUCUUGAGCUUUAACAGUGAUGUUGGCUUAGUUGUUUGGUAAUCUGCACGCAACUUUGACCAACUACGUGCUAGCAUCGUUCCUCCAAA